AUUUUGUCCACUUGAAUCUAUUGCAUAAUAUUGACUGUUGACUAUUGCUGACAAUGCAUUUUAGUUUUUGACCGAAUAGCUACUUAUAUCCCAACGAGACUAUUCGUUUUACCAGUAACUUCUAAUACAGUUCAUCCGUCGAAUAAAAUUUGUCGAAAGUGUUAUCAUGAAGUUAUUACUGAUUUUAGUUUUAGUUUGUGCAAUGGCUAUUGCCAAACCAUUGGACGGGACCGAAAAACCAGAAAAAUCAGCUACAACACUCAAAACCAAAAAUGAAAAAAAUGAAACAGCAUUAAACAACAACCAUAGAGUACAACGUGAUGAUCAAAUGUCUUCUGAAGCAGGCGAGAAAGAACCAAAAACCUAUCUUAACCCUGAGGAUGAUAAAUCUAGGUAAUUAAUCCAAAAUGU